AUGCUGAGCUGGAUUGUAGGCAAACCGUUUCACUUGCCACCAGCACUUUUAUCUUCCGUGUCUGGUGACAGCGCAGCUUUCUUCAAGGCUGGUGACUUUCUGGAUCAAGAGUUCAUAAGCUUGGAACUGGGUUUGCGAUCCCACGGCUUGCAGGGCGGCGUCUUCGAGUAUUUGCGCAGUAAACGACAAAACCUUUGUGCUUAUUGCUUUCAAGCUGAUGGAAAGAUGUCAGUGCGCGGCACUGUGCAUGUAUCUGCCGAGUGCAACUGUCAAGACACAGAGGCUUUUGUUCAAGGCAACGUCAACGUGGGAACGACGAUGGAGUUGGCCAAGCGCCUGGAGUCCAGGCCUGCGGCUGAGCGCAGAGUUGCCAUCUUGUCUGAGCUCUACAACGAUGGUGACCAGUGUGGAGAAGGCUUGAAUCUCUACUUGGAGGAAGCAGCCUUUAAAGAUAACGAGGAGGAUUCGGAUGCCUGCGAAUACGUGGCAUCACGUCUUGUUUUCGAUUUGGGACCAAAAUUCAUGCUUCGACUGCAAGGUGCUCUCGUUGGCCUUACAUCCAACACCAGAGUGCCAUGUAAAUGCUGCGUGCGACUGGACAUCGCAGACAGCCAUGCGGAACUCAAGAAAGGCAAGCCAGGCGGCUUUGCUGGAGACCUCCAUGCAGACAUUGAGCUCCUUCCAAACUAUGGAGUCGACGAAGAGGGCAACUUCCACUUCCGACAUUCCCUUGUCAAGCUCCAGGCUCCUGAUCGCAAACUUCCCCCUACAGGGCGCCUGCUUUCACUGGAAGUCUGGAGCUCUGACACAGCUGCGACAGCAAGCCGCAAGUGGCGCCUGUCGGCUUUCGAAGUCUUCGGUGAUCUUCUGGAGCUGCCAGAGGAACUGACGUUGCGGGAUAACCGAGGUCCCUUUAUCUUCGAUGAGCGUUCGGCAACCUGCUGCCAGUUUCAAGAAAUCGGCACUCUCGAAAAGGAGCAACGAGUCAGGCAGGUCAUGGACGUACAGAUGGAGGAAAUCCGCAACAUGCGGCAACAAGCCUGCGAGGACUCGGAGGAGCCCGCAGCUCCGGAACCCGAGAGCGGACACGCGAGUGCCCUUGGGAGCCUUGGGUGCCCCAAGGACACCCCAUCUGCUCCCGAUCUCCGCCAGCCAGGUUCUGGUGCAGAUGCCUCCAGCCCCGAACCUGCAAUGGCUCCCGCACACGAGCGAGCGAGGAAGAGCUACAGACAUGAGGAGACACCACUCCCGCACAACCAGCCGCAGAAGGACACACCCAUGGGCUCCAUAUCCAUUGGUCGAGGCACAGGGACGGUCCAGCAUCGUCCUGUUCCGGAGAAGGUGGCCCAAGAGACUCUGCCAGCUGAAGGAGUGGCCACGCCAAGCAUGUCAGAGCUGAACCUGAUGGCAUGUGAGGACUGCGGCCGCCGCUUCAACCCUUCCAGCCUGGAAAGGCAUCGUGCAGUCUGCCGGAGCGUGUUUGGCGGCAUGCGCAUGAGAUCGACCUUCGAAUCUCAGAAUCAGCGGCUGCGGGAUGUCAAGGAUCGCAAGGAGCGCGCGAGUGGCUCUGGUGGUGUCCUAGCAGGUGAUGCCGCUGGACGGCAGGAUCGGAGGACAAGGACAACCUCAGACGCCGGCACGCCCGUGGCACAAGCUAGGGCAGCUAGGGCCACCUAUGCGGCGCCAGGGCCUGCGCGGCCCGGUGCGACGCAGGAGUGUCCACAAAGCACAGCUCUGCCUUGCGAGCAGGUCGAACAACGACUGGCUCGCAGCAAAGCUGUCGCAGAACGGGCACAGGGAGUUUCGACUCCGCGACGGUCAGCUCUGCGAGAGUCUCUUCGAGAUGUCCCCAGGAAGGAGGAUCUGCAGAGCGGCCCUGGCCCUGGCCCCGGCCGCUUUCGAGGCGAAAAGCCACAGAUGCUCCAGGUGUGCCAAAAUGUGCAUCCAGCACAAAGCGCUGCGAAGCGGCCAACUUACAGUCGCCAGAGCCUCAACGGAACUCCCCACGAGGCGUCUGCUUCACGGCCUUCGGGAAGGGCGAGCACAGAGGCAGCGCCCACAUCACCAGGUGCCAGCGGUAGGCGUGGCAGUUCCACACCACCUCGCACGCGGCAAGACAGGUUCGUGAAGAGCAGUGCUUCAUCGACAUCUGUGCGAAACGCAGACGGAGGCCUCGGUUCCGGCAACAUGGAGCUCAUACAUCGGUCUGUCUCGGAGAUUCUGACACCACGAUCCUCUCAGGACCCUCAGAGUAAGCUGGACCUGUUGGAGCAGGAAGUCCAAGAGGCUAUUCAAGCCAUGACAGAGCCCAAACCCGAGGACAGUACCGCUGCGACAAACCUUCAGGCCUUGCCGAACUCCUCCCCUCAACACGGAGGUCUGCGCGGUCUAGAGGAGCGUGUGACUCUCCUCGAACGGGCACGGCUUGGAGUGAAGAUGGGUCAGCGGCCGCAGCAAGCCUUGGCUGGGUCAAUGUCGGAGACGCUUUUGCCCUCCGACCUUCUGUCAGAUUCGAUUGCUUCCGCUUCUUUCACUGCCUCUUCGCAGUGGACACCUGCCGCCAGACCUUCGUUGACUGACAUGACUCAGGCUUCAGUGCAAGCUGCAGGCGGCUUGGCGCUCAAUUAUGACAUCAUAUGA